CGGCUACCUUAGAGGCGUGAGGGGCCGGCGCCCAGGCCGCUGGCGGGGGCGCGGCUGGAGCGUGUGGGGCGUGUGGGGCGGGGCCGGCGGGGCCGGCGGGGCCGGCGGGUCGGGAGCGCCGCAGUCGCCCCGGCUGGUCCCAAGCUGAGCAGCCGCUUGGCCGGCUGUUCCCUGCAGCGGCUGCAGGGGUGGCCCCGGCGCGCGGCCCUUCACCAUGUACACCUUCGUGGUGCGCGACGAGAACAGCAGCGUUUACGCCGAGGUCUCUCGGCUGCUGCUCGCCACCGGCCACUGGAAGAGGCUACGGCGGGACAAUCCCAGGUUCAACCUGAUGCUGGGAGAAAGGAACCGACUGCCCUUCGGGAGACUGGGUCACGAGCCUGGAUUGAUGCAGUUGGUGAAUUACUACCGGGGUGCCGACAAACUGUGUCGCAAAGCUUCCUUAGUGAAGCUCAUCAAGACGAGCCCAGAACUGGCUGAGUCCUGCACGUGGUUCCCGGAGUCCUAUGUGAUUUACCCAACUAACCUCAAGACCCCAGUUGCUCCAGCUCAGAACGGAAUCCACCCACCAAUCCACAGCUCCAGGACAGAUGAAAGAGAAUUUUUCCUGACUUCUUAUAACAAAAAGAAAGAAGAUGGAGAGGGCAAUGUUUGGAUUGCAAAGUCAUCGGCUGGAGCCAAAGGUGAAGGCAUCCUCAUCUCCUCAGAGGCUACAGAGCUGCUGGAUUUCAUAGACAACCAGGGCCAGGUGCACGUGAUCCAGAAGUACCUUGAGCGCCCUCUGCUGCUGGAGCCAGGCCAUCGCAAGUUUGACAUCAGAAGCUGGGUCUUGGUGGAUCAUCAGUAUAACAUCUACCUCUACAGAGAGGGUGUGCUUCGGACUGCUUCAGAACCGUACCAUACAGAUAAUUUCCAAGACAAAACCUGCCAUUUGACCAAUCACUGCAUUCAGAAGGAGUACUCGAAGAAUUAUGGGAAGUAUGAAGAAGGGAAUGAAAUGUUCUUUGAGGAGUUCAAUCAGUACCUCACAAGUGCUUUGAACAUUACCCUGGAAAGUAGUAUCUUACUACAAAUCAAACAUAUAAUAAGGAGCUGCCUCCUGAGCGUGGAGCCCGCCAUCAGCACCCGGCACCUGCCUUACCAGAGCUUCCAGCUCUUCGGCUUCGACUUCAUGGUGGAUGAGGACCUGAAGGUGUGGCUCAUCGAAGUCAAUGGCGCCCCUGCUUGUGCUCAGAAGCUCUACGCUGAGCUGUGCCAGGGCAUCGUGGACAUAGCCAUAGCCAGUGUCUUCCCGCCCCCGGAUGCAGAGCAGCAGCAGCAGCCCCCGCCGGCCGCUUUCAUCAAGCUAUGACAGAGGGAGGUGCCCCGAGCUGCCUUGGAAGAAGCAGGAGGGGGCCCUGGCCCGUGGAAGGAGAAACUCGAUACCAAGCCAAACAGGAGGAAGAGCAGCAACUUGCAGAGACACGACCAUAGAAGAACAGGCAGCUUCCCUGAGGAGUGGUCACCCAGGGUUUCUGGGUGUCGCGCUCAGCACUGCUACUGAGAUUCAAAACCGAAACAAAUUUCUCUAAGGAGAGAGCAAAAUAUUCUCCUCUAAGGGGAAAAAAACAGGGAUGUGCUUGUUUUGGGUCCCUGUCCUUUGAAAAAUCGGAUUUUUAUCCUAAGGCAGCACUGGGAGUAGCGCCCCUCCCACCAGGGGUGGCAGCUGUGGGACCUGGUUGAUGUCUGUCCACCUGCUGCGUUAGUGCCUUAGCUCUGUGCCCAUCUGCCACCUCCUACCUGGGUGGGGACGGGAUGUGAGAGCGGCUGGGAGGUUGCCGGUGUUCCCCCUCCACGACACCCCGCCCCAGGGGAGUCUGGACAAGCACGCACCCACACCCCUUGGUUUGUAGCUGAGGGACUUUCUCCCCCAGGUCCCAUGGCAUUUGCUCGAUUGCCAUUCAGGGUUAGCAUGGGCUGGGCAUCAAACAGCCAACACCACCCUGGGUUUGAUAUCUGCAUGUUUCAGAAAUUGAGCAGCAAGUUUGCCACAAACCCGUAAGCAUCCAAUACGCAUGAGAGAGGGGAAAAAAAAAACAAAACAUGAUGUCUUGCUUUAUUUACUAGUUGGAUGGGGGGGCUCUUUGAAAUGUGAUGAUUCUCUGUGCUCUUGCUUUUAGGCAGAAUUCUAUCUGCCCUUGUGCCAAGUUCCCUUUUGUUCAGGUUUUUUUGGUGGAGGGUAAACUUCUAUUAAGAACCCCUCAAAGCUCAGAAGAGGGUAGAAUCCGCUGCCCCAGGGGGCUCUUCCCCACUGUUCUCGUUGCUCUCCAAGCACCUUCUUUGGGAGCUGAACAGGCAGGUUUUUCUCUGACCCCGAGGGCCACAUUCAGGUGGAGGCUCUGAAUCAGGGUACGUCUUGCCUGAACUGGAGAGUCUCUUAAAAUGGGAAAGAUAUGGUUUCAGAGCUAUGCGGGGCAUCUCGCACAUCACCAGAUGUUGAUAGUGUCCCGUUAGGUGGAGUUUCCACUCUCAGGAUGGAUGAAUAUUGUGCAGACUGUUCAGGAGGCCACAUCAUGAGCAGGAGGAAGACCCAGAUGCCAUCUAUGAAGAGUGUGCUGGGAAUCAGGCCCACUGACAAGGCCCCCCCCUCCCCAGAGUUCCUCCCCAGCCCUCCCCCUGCCAUAUGUGUGCUCUAUUAUUCGUCUGUACUUGGCAUGAUUCGUUUCUACUUGUAGAAAAGAGUUCUGCAGUCAGGGGAGACUUUUUUUUACAAAGAGCAGGAAAAGCAACACCUCAAACAUGAUGAGAUGGGGGUGUUUUCCAUGAAAAAAAGGAGUAAUGAUAGAAAUGAUGUCACAGAUGCAGCCAUGGGUAUGGGAUGUGACCAGGUUAGGUUGGGUGAAGUGGAGGAAGACCCCAGGGGCUUGGCUCCUGGGAGUUUGGAAUUACAAAACAAAUAUUCUGAGUGGUUACCCAGAAUAGAUAGAUAACCAAGUUUGCAUCCGGAGCAAACUAAAACAGUCAAGUGUUAAGGGAGCCCCAGGAGGCCCAGCUCAGCUGAUGGGUUGGUGUUUGGGAACUUGUGAGCAGACCCAUUUAGAAAGUAUAAAGUCCUGGGGACUUGGGAAUGCUACGUGGGCUGGUGAUGGGGACAUGGAGGAUUUUGUAAUGCUGUCAAACACGUGAAUUUGUAAUGAUUGGGCUGAAAUUAAAGAGACAUUCAAGAGUUUUCCAGCUCUUACGGUGACAAGGCUCACCAUUCAGAUAUUAGGAAGGCUGUGGGUCUCAAUGGGUUUUCUAAGAAACAAAUCAAUAACAUAUGCAUGAGGCUUUAAAAAGAAAAAUCUGCUUCCUUCCUCACAUAGUUUCAAAUAAGGAUCUCUUUUAUGCAGUUAUUUCUGAUGAGCUGGGAUGGGGGACUCAGAACUCUUCCACACCCUUUGGUGACGUCCUUGGAGCAGGUGGUCAUGGUCUUGCCUUGCCCCACCCCCACCCUGCUCCCCCCC